CCAUUUCCGAGGUUUUAAAGGAUACAGUCUUUGUCGACACUUGACAUUUAGUGAAAAACUUUAGUGGAAUCACUUUUUAAGAGAAAGGACAGCUGAAGUACUGGCACGAAGGGAGAACAGCCCUCCUCUCGCUCAGUGACGACAAACCACAGGCAGUAUAAAAUGGAAAAGUUAGUCGGCGGGCGGCGUCUCUGCGGCUGCUGUCCGGGCUGACCGUGCUUAUAGCGCUUUGCUGAGAGUCACUGCAGAUAUAUGGGGGCUGAAAAUGGGAGGCAAGGGCGCUGCUGCGGUUUUAAUUCGGCUCUUGCUCUGCCCUGGUUAUUUUGACUUUGUGGCUGGGCUGGAGCUCACCCUGCUGCACACCAAUGAUGUUCAUGCACGGAUCGAGGAGACUAAUAAGGACUCCGCCAAAUGCACCAAAGGGGACUGUUACGCCGGGGUGGCGAGGAGGUUCACUAAAAUAAAAGAGAUAAGGGGUCAGGAGAAGAACGUCCUGCUCCUGGAUGCAGGAGAUCAGUUUCAGGGCACCAUGUGGUUCAAUUACUACAAGGGUGCCGAAGCUGCACAUUUCCUAGACAGACUCGGAUAUAACGCCAUGGCCCUGGGGAACCAUGAAUUUGACAAUGGAGUUGAGGGACUAAUUACACCAUUUCUACAGACCGUGAACUGUACUGUCCUCAGUGCGAAUAUGAAGCCAGAUGCGAGUCUGGCUGCAGCCAUUAGCGGCUACUACUCUGCGUAUAAAAUAUUUGUCGUCGAGUCUCAGAAGGUGGCUGUUGUGGGUUACACAACUAAGGAGACACCAGCUUUAUCUCAACCUGGCCCCCACUUGAUGUUCGAGGAUGAGGUUACGGCCCUCCAGAUUCAGGUGGACAAACUCACAACAAUGGGCAUUAACAAAAUCAUUGCACUGGGACAUUCUGGCUUCUCGGUGGACAAAGAAAUAGCUAAGAGUGUGCGGGGUGUGGAUGUGGUUAUCGGAGGACACACAAACACCUUCCUCUACACAGGAGUGCCCCCCUCCAAAGAAGUCCCGGAGGGCGCGUAUCCGUUCCUGGUGAAGUCAGACGAUGGUCGCAAUGUGCCUGUCGUACAGGCCUAUGCCUUUGGGAAGUACCUGGGGUACCUCAAGGUGACCUUCGACAAUAACGGCGACGUAAUCCGGGCUACGGGAAACCCAAUUCUGCUCAACAGCAGCAUCCCACAGGAUCCUGGCAUCCGUGCAGAAGUGGAGGACUGGGGGAGGAAGCUUUCUAAUUUUUCCGCAGAAUUUAUUGGGACAACCCUAGUAUAUCUCAAUGGAACCUUUGAAGAAUGCCGAUUCAGGGAAUGCAAUCUGGGUAACCUAAUUUGUGAUGCCAUGGUUCACCACAACAUUAAGUACGCAGAUGAGGUCCAGUGGAACCAUGUCAGCUCCUGCAUCCUAAAUGGUGGGAGCAUCCGGGCCUCAAUCGACGAGCGCAGUCGGAACGGCUCCAUCACCAUGGAGGACCUCAUAUCAGUGAUUCCCUUUGGAGGCACCUUCGACAUGGUCCAGGUAAAAGGGUCAACGCUGAUGAGAGCCUUCGAGCAUGCUGUCCACCGCUACGGAGGAAACACAGGCGAAUUCCUUCAGGUCUCGGGGAUUCAGGUGGAGUACGACAUGUCGAGACCUCCAGGCAGCCGUGUGACGUCGAUUCGGCUCCUCUGCACCCAGUGCCGAGUGCCCCAGUACGAGCCUCUCGACCCAGUGCGGGUCUAUAAGCUGCUUAUGCCAUCCUACAUGGUGGACGGAGGGGACGGCUACUCUAUGAUUAAGGAUGAGAAACUUAAACAUGACAGCGGGGAUCUAGACAUCACUGUGGUCUCCAGGUAUAUCCAGGAAAGGAAGAAGGUCCAUCCCGCUGUGGAAGGCCGCAUAAAGAUCUACAACUGGUCCAGGGCGGGGGCAGCUGCGAGAGACCUACCACUGCUCACUCUGGCCUUGGCUUUGGCCGCCAGCCUGGGUGGGGUACCGUCCAUCGCCUGACCGCGGUCUCUGCACUGCUGAAGAUCACAGCCAAGAGGCAGUCGGAGCAUGUGACCUCAGAUUCCGCCCACUCGUGGCCUAGACUAGUAUCGAUAAACACUAGAACCUGAUGAAGACCUUUAGGACUAUAUUAGGAAAUAAGAGCUGCUCUCGGGUUCUUUAGUGCUGUCAGAGUUUAGAACAAUGACUGGCUACAAAAAGUGACCUCCUGUCAUGGAGGCUACUGCUCUGAUGUCAGUCACAUGAAGUCCACCCUGGUCCAGAGCUCACUGUUGCCUUCCUGUGUAUUUAUACUUAAAUUUGAAAGAUCUUUGAAAUGGCGAUUAGAGCCAAGAGGAGGUACCAAAUAGGACCAGGUUGAAUUAAUCUUUUAGAAGAAAACUUGAUAAGGUGUGGAGUUGACUGCUCUUUAAGGAUAGACGGAUGUACCACACGUUAACGCUCAAAUUCACCAGCAGUGUCCCUAAGAAACAAACAAGACAUUUGUUUGUCCCCAUAACAUAAAAUGUACCAAGUACACCCAUUUAGCAAAUAGUCAUUCAUAAUGGUAGGUUAUCAAUUCUAAUCAGUUCUUCGUGAGAGUGAAAUUGAAUUAUAACUGAAUAGUUUUAAAGCAUCACCAAUGGUUAAAGUUUUCCAUCCGUCCAUCACCAUAACUACUUAAUCCCAACCAGGGUCAUCAGAGUCUAUCCCAGGAACAACAGGCAGGAACCCAACCUGGGCAGCCGCCAACACACCGCCGGGCACACACACUCACACGAGGCCAACUUAGGGACGCCAAGUAACCUAUCAUGCAGACUUUUGGACUGUGGGAGGAACCCGGACCCCCCAGCGGAAACCCACACGAACACGCGAACGUGCAAACUCCACACAGAAAAGUCCUAUGGCGCCACCCAGGGAUCGAACCCAAGACCUUUCUGUGAGGCAGCAGCGCUACCCUGCCACCCUGGUUCCAGUUUUGUCAUUUAAAAUAAGUUAAACAGCUGACUUGACGUGAGCAGAAAGGCUUGCCUUUGCAAAUCGUCACGGUUGUUUGUUGCCCACAAUUUACUUAAACCAGUGUGUGCCCCUAAGGACAGAACAUUAGAAGCACUUUUGGUCAGUUGCCAGCCUGUAGAGAAAAUGUAAAAAUAUCCUGGUGGUCCUAAGAUCAAAAUCUUUCAAGAAAAAUAUAUAGUCUGCCAAAAUAAAGCAAGAUAUAAACUAAGGCUGGGCAAUUCAAUCAUAAUUCUGGCUUAUUACAAUUAUCAAACCAAGUCUGGAUCAAACGGUCCAGAGCACCCCUUUCCAGUUGAAUUAUAUUUAUAAUGGAAUAAUUAUCAUUAUGAUUUUUGCCAUAAUCAAGCAGCCCUUAUAUAAACAAAGGAUAGUCAUCCUUUGGAAUUUCUAUUUUUGUAUAAUUUUUUAUCGCCAAGUGCCUUUACAUAGAAGGAAUUUACCAUUAAACAAAGACAAUCAAUGCAAUACAUUAUGUAUAGAAAAAUAGAAUAAUAUUGUGUGUAGUGCAGAGAAUGUGCAUGCUGCAUUGUAACACCAUGCGGCUAGAUGGACAGGGGAGGGGGGCGUGGGGUAAAUCUCUACCCUGCAAAAAAGGGGCAGGGUUAUGUAGGUAUCAGUACCAUAACAAAACAGGGUGCUUCCUUCUGUAGUUACUGCUUAUGAUUCCAGAAAUUAAAAAUGACGUAAAAAUC